CAAAAGGUUAAUUCUCUGCCCGGCCGGACGCAUCAAUCAACUUCCAGCAGGCCCGAGCAGUACCGCCUUAUUUGGCUGACAGGAAUCUAUCUACUCUGUCAGGCCAGCAUACUAUUUUGCUGAUAUUGUGUUGUUAAUUCCUGUUCUUCUUUACUCCCAAGGCUUCACAGUUGAACCCGGUUGCUCGACUGCCUUAAUAGCCAUGCUCUGCCUCCGUUGCUCGAGGGCGCUGCCCUCGGCCUUCAAUGCGUCGAGUCGAAUUACGGCGCAGUCACAGAUCAUGAGAUUCGCGUCUCCAACACCAUCCGCUCGCACAUUUUCAUCACUCCUCACCAACCAACGACCAGCUCUCCCUAUUCCUCGUGCUCAUUCUCCGAUCCUUUCUUCUCUCGCUACCAUUUCUGCGAAUACCAUUACUACCCCGUCUGCCACAUUGGCAUUGGCUCAUCAAAGCCGAUCAUUCUCCGCUUCCGCUUCUCUUGGUGCUAAGCGAGACACCUAUAACCCCUCGCGGAGGGUUCAGAAACGUCGCCAUGGAUUCCUCGCUAGACUACGAUCGCGUGGUGGGAGGAAGGUCUUGCUUCGGAGACGAGCAAAGGGGAGGAAGUUCUUGAGUUGGUAGAUGGUGGAGACUGGGAUCGGAUGGAAUAUCCAAGCAAGCUGAAAGGAGGGAUUGGUCGAAGAUGCAUGGAUAAGGAUAGAUAUCUUUGCUUUCCUUUCUUCUGAAACAAACUGAAAGGAAAAGAGGGGAGGGGGGGGGUGGACACAGAUAUGUCACAUUAUACUGUAUCAUACAUAUGAAUAUCAAAGAAUCUCGUCUUGUGUUACGGCGAGGUAUGCCAUGUUUUCCAUUGAAUCUUGAUUAUCUGGUGGUUCGGCUCUCCCGCGCAUGAAAUGCGUCUGUUAUGCUGUCGAAGAGUAUUUGCUUGUGCUUGCUUCUGUGUCGUUUUGUUUGAUAUGGUAUGGGGACAAAGCCAGCUACGUAGUGAGUGUCUAGUCCUCUUGAUGGAGAUU